AGCUUGGUAGUGUGGACAACACAGCUUGGUUUCUGGGACUGCCAUGAUGUUCAGGUUCUCUUGGAUGUGCCUCCUCUUGGUGCAUGGCAUCUGCUCUCAACAGCUACACCAAGGGAUGGGCUUUCCCCAAGGUUUGGGGUUUCUGGGGUCUAUGAAGCCAAUGAGUGAUCUUGGUUCAAGUAAGACUGGAGGUAAUCCAAGUAUCAGUGAACCUGGAAAGGACAAUGUUGGUGGAGCUAAAGGAUCCACCACUUCCACUCAAGACGUGGUACAGAUGCCAGGAAACCAGGCAGGUUCAAAUGGGGGCCCAGGUAUCCCAUGGAUGGCAGUUCCCAUGCUUCCAACAGGCUUCUAUGGCAUGCACCAGGCAAGCCAGCAGGGAGCUUCAUCUGGCGCUACUGGUGGGGGUCAGAAAACUCAGUCUGUCAGCCAGGCAGUCCAGGCCCCAGAAAUGAUUCAGGUGACUAUGCAAAUGCGAAAGCAGCAGACCCAAGCCCCAGCCCAGAUGUUCCAGGCCCCUGUGCAGAUGUCUCAACAGCAAGUCCAAAUGCCCCAAGGUAAAGCACCCCAACAGCAAGCUGAGGUGCCCAAAGGCAGCUCCUCCACAGCAUCCGCUUCCACUGGGGCUACCUCAUCGGCGAUGUACCAGGCCCUUGCUCAGAUGGUCCAACAGCAAGCCCAGGCCCAGAUGCAGGCUGCAGCUCAGAGGGCCCAACAACAAGCUCAGGGUGCAGCUCAAAUGGCCCAGGCGCCAGUUCCGAUGGCCCAGCAGCAAGUCAAAAUGCCCCAGACUGCAGCUCAGACGUCCCAGGCACAGAUGCCAGGAAACCAGGCAGGUUCAAAUGGGGGCCCAGGUAUCCCAUGGAUGGCAGUUCCCAUGCUUCAAACAGGCUUCUAUGGCAUGCACCAGGCAGGCCAGGAGGGGGCUUCAUCUGGCGCUACUGGUGGGGGUCAGAAAACUCAGUCUGUCAGCCAGACAGUCCAGGCCCCAGCAAUGAUGAGUCAGGUGACUAUGCAGAUGCCAAAGCAGCAGGUCCAACCCCUAGCCCAGAUGUCCCAGGCGCCUGUUCAGAUGUCUCAACAGCAAGUUAAAAUGCCCCCGGCUCCAGCUCCCCAACAGCAAGUCCAAAUGUCCCAGGCUGCAUCACCCCAACAGCAUGAUAAGGUGCCCCAAGGCAGCUCCUCCACAGCGUCUGCUUCCACUGGGGCUAGCUCAUCAGGUAUGGCCCAGAUGUACCAGGUCCUUGCUCAGAUGGCCCAACAGCAAGCCCAGGCCCAGAUGCAGGCUGCAGCUCAGAUUGCACAACAGCAAGCUCAGGCCGCAGCUCAAAUGGCCCAGGCGCCAGUCCAGAUGACCCAACAACAAGCCCAGGCGCCAGUCCAGAUGUCCCAGCAGCCAGUCCAGAUGUCCCAGCAGCCAGUCCAGAUGUCCCAGCAGCCAGUCCAGAUGUCCCAGGCGCCAGUCCAGAUGGCCCAGGCGCCAGUGCAGAUGUCCCAGGCGCCAGUCCAGAUGGCCCAGGCUUCAGCUCACCAACAGGCUAAGGUGCCACAGGCUGCAGCUUCUGUGAGUUCAGGCCCUACUGGUUCCACAGGUGCAGCAUCCCCUUCAGCUGGGGCUGAGGCUGCCUCAUCAAGCCAAGAUCGCUUUAUCACUCUCACCGCACCAUCAGGCUUCCAAACCACUUAUGUUGUGCGGUCUUUCCAUCGCUACUCGCGAGGCAAGAGGGUCUUUUCCCAAACCACCUACAUCCCCCUGGACUUCCCUUCUCCUAUUGAGACUGCUGAUCCUGAACAGAAGACCCAGGAUGGAAGAGCGCCUGAUGCUCCUGCACCAGCUGAUGCGAAAGGCCAGGCUGUACUCCCUGCAAGGAAGGGAUGAGUCGCUGUUCCCCAAGCUCGGGAGUGCAAUUUGUAUUGAUAUGUGCAUUGAAUUGAAUAAAUGGGCAAUUUUAAA